AUGUCCAACGACAGCGGCCUCCUCGCUGUCUGGGAGGCCUCCGAUUGGGCGGACGCCGGCCGGUGCCCGCCCUCGGUAGGCGGGGCCACUUUCCUGAUCGUGGCGUACAGCGCCGUCAUUGCGAUCGGGUUGCUAGGCAACGCGGGCCUGGUGUUCAUCAUCGCCCGGCAACAGGAGCUACGCAACGUCACCAACAUCCUGAUCGCCAACCUGUCGUGCUCCGACAUCCUCAUGUGCGUGGUGUGUCUCCCCGUGACCGUCAUUUACACGCUGAUGGACCGCUGGGUGCUCGGGGAGGCGCUGUGCAAGGUGACUCCGUUUGUCCAGUGCAUGUCGGUGACGGUCUCCGUCUUCUCUCUGGUUCUGAUCGCUCUGGAGCGUCACCAGCUGAUCCUGCACCCCACCGGCUGGUCCCCGGCGGCGGGACACUCGUACCUGGCCGUGUGUCUGACGUGGCUGGUCGCCUGCUUCAUGUCUCUGCCCUUUCUGUCCUUCAACAUCCUCACCAACGACCCCUUCCAGAACAUCAGCCUGCCCGCCAACCCCUUCAGGUGA